UUCCUUUGUUCAGUCUAUGUCCCGAUGUGCACAGAGAAGAUUAACAUCCCCAUAGGUCCCUGCGGUGGCAUGUGCCUCUCUGUCAAAAGAAGGUGCGAACCCGUUUUAAAAGAAUUUGGAUUUGCCUGGCCGGACAGCCUAAACUGCAGCAAAUUCCCACCCCAGAAUGAUCACAACCACAUGUGCAUGGAGGGCCCAGGAGAUGAAGAGGUUCCCCUUCACGGCAAGACCUCCUUGCAGCCUGGGGAAGAGUGCCACAGCAUGGGAUCUAACUCGGAUCAGUACAUCUGGGUGAAGAGAAGCUUGAACUGUGUCCUGAAGUGUGGCUACGACGCCGGUCUCUACAGCAGGUCAGCUAAGGAAUUCACAGAUAUCUGGAUGGCUGUGUGGGCCAGUCUUUGCUUCAUCUCUACUGCCUUCACAGUCCUGACCUUCCUGAUUGAUUCAUCCAGAUUUUCCUACCCGGAGCGCCCAAUCAUCUUUUUGAGCAUGUGCUACAAUAUUUAUAGCAUUGCUUAUAUUGUGAGGCUAACUGUGGGCCGGGAAAGGAUAUCCUGUGAUUUUGAAGAGGCAGCAGAACCUGUUCUUAUCCAAGAAGGUCUUAAGAACACAGGAUGUGCUAUAAUUUUCUUGCUCAUGUAUUUUUUCGGGAUGGCUAGCUCCAUCUGGUGGGUUAUUCUCACACUGACAUGGUUUCUGGCUGCAGGACUCAAGUGGGGCCAUGAAGCUAUAGAAAUGCACAGCUCUUAUUUCCAUAUUGCAGCCUGGGCUAUCCCCGCGGUGAAGACCAUUGUCAUUUUGAUUAUGAGACUAGUGGAUGCAGAUGAGCUCACUGGUCUGUGCUACGUUGGGAACCAGAACCUGGAUGCACUGACGGGCUUUGUCGUCGCCCCGCUUUUUACCUACCUGGUUAUUGGGACUUUAUUCAUUGCAGCGGGACUCGUGGCCUUAUUUAAAAUCAGGUCUAAUCUCCAGAAAGAUGGAACUAAAACCGACAAACUGGAAAGGCUGAUGGUCAAAAUUGGUGUCUUUUCAGUUCUGUACACUGUCCCAGCAACAUGUGUCAUCGCCUGUUAUUUCUACGAAAUAUCCAAUUGGGCCAUUUUCCGCUAUUCGGCAGAUGAUUCCAAUAUGGCAGUGGAGAUGCUCAAAAUCUUUAUGUCCCUCCUGGUGGGUAUUACAUCAGGGAUGUGGAUCUGGUCAGCCAAGACUCUGCACACGUGGCAGAAGUGCUCGAACAGACUGGUGAACUCAGGGAAAGUGAAACGGGAGAAGAGAGCAGAUGGUUGGGUGAAACCUGGAAAAGGGAACGAGACUGUGGUAUGAGAAAAGCACGACAUCCUGGCGUUCUGACUGUUCUCCCGUGAAGGACUGAUCAUGUGUAAGCAUUGAGGAGAGUGGGGAGACAGUUACACAACAUGUCUCUGGGGGAAGGAGAAAAAAAAAGCCUUAAAGAAUAAACAACAAAAAGAUUGU